AUUUGUCAUAGGGAAAUAUCCAGCUGCUGUGCUGGGACCCGGAAGUUUAGAAUGAGGUCAGUGAGACAGAGGAAACACAAUUCUACGGCUAAAAUGGCGCAGGAGCAACAGCAGGAAACAACACAGGGAGAGAUGGAGGCUGGAGGAGUAAACUGUCUUGCUUAUGAUGAGGCCAUUAUGGCACAGCAGGACAGAAUUCAGCAGGAGAUCGCAACAAGCAUCCUUUUAGUGUCAGACAGACAGGAGCUGUCAGUUUUGCAGAGAGAGUAUGCCGCGGAAGACACCAUUUAUCAGCUCAAGAUCAAGGAUUUACACAAAAAAUACUCAUAUAUUCGUAAGACGCGACCAGACGGGAACUGUUUCUACAGAGCUUUUGGCUUUUCACAUCUCGAAUCACUGCUCGAAGACAGCAAAGAGCUGCAGAGGUUCAAAGCAGUGGCAGCAAAGAGCAAACUGGACCUGGUAAACCAGGGUUUCACUGAGUUCACCAUUGAAGACUUCCACAAUACUUUCAUGGACCUGUUAGAGCUGUGUGAGAAGCAGCCAGGACUCAGUGAGCUGCUGGGCUCCUUCAGAGACCAGAGCGUGUCAGACUACAUCGUGGUGUACCUGCGGUUGCUCACUUCAGGCUACCUGCAGAGGGAGCACGGUUUCUUCCAGCACUUCAUCGAGGGGGGACGCUCUGUCAGGGAGUUCUGUCAGCAGGAGGUGGAGCCCAUGUCUAAAGAAAGUGACCAUAUCCACAUCAUCGCCUUGGCCCAGGCCCUGAACGUGUCCAUCCUAGUGGAGUAUAUGGACCGGGGUGAGGGGGGCACCGUCAACCACCACGUCUUUCCUGAAGGCAGCGAGCCUCGUGUCUUUCUCCUCUAUAGACCCGGCCACUACGACAUCUUGUACAAAUAACUACCUCCUGUUUAGAAAAUCCCCCCCAAUGUCCUUUCCUACUGCUGUAGUGGCAGUGGCGAAAUACUUCACCUGCCACACUGAUGCAUACACGUGUGUUUGAAGACUACACUGUUUUUUUUUCUUCUCAAAUACCAAUCACAUUAUUACAGCCCCCCUCUCCCUCCCCGUCACUCAAUAUAUUCCCUUCAUCACAGAACAGUGAAUUAAUAAAACAAAUAUUUACCCCAAAAAAUAGCAGUGGCUCCAGAUGUUUAGAGUUGUACAGUUUUUAUUUUGUGGUUGUAAAUGUUAUCAACUUGCUUUUUUUUGUUGGAUUAUUUUUCUUUGUUACACUGCGUUUUAUUAAAGGUAUUUACAUCUUA